AUGGAGAAAAUCGGAAUGGAAGAGCUUACCUACUGUGGGUAUGUUCUGAUUGCUGGCGGUCUGGGUGAACGUUUGGGAUACAACAGCAUCAAGGUUGGGCUUCCCAUCGAAACCUUCACCUAUCUCACCUACCUGAACUUCUACAUCAAAAAGAUCCUUGCUAUUCAGCACCGCUCGAACCGCCCCAACUGCAUUCUCCCCUUCGCCAUCAUGACGUCCGAGAACAACCACGAGAUGUUUUCUCUCUUUCUUUUCCUUCUCACAAUCAGCACCGUGAACUACCUGAAGGAGAACAACUACUUCGGAAUGAGCGAGGACCAGGUCUACGUCAUGAUGCAGGAUUGCAUCCCCGCGGUUCGCAAUCUCGAGGGCGAAAUCGCCGUUGACGCCCAAGGCCACAUCAUCAAGAAGCCUCACGGCCACGGCGACGUUCACUUCUGCCUCUACCGCGACGGAAUCAUCCAGAAAUGGCUGGAGCGAUAUGAUUUGCACCGCGUUUUCUUCUUCCAGGACACCAACACCGUCAAUUUCUACACGAUGCCAUGCGUUGCCGCGCUCUCUCUGAAGAACGAUGCACACAUGAUCAGCACCUGCGUGAAGCGCCGUCCGCACGAACAGACGGGCGGACUGUGCUUGCUGAGGCACGAAAACGGCGACGAGAUGGUGUGCAACGUGGAAUACAAUCAGCUCGAAGACGUGAUUUCCCACACCAUCGAUCCCCGCGGGGAUUUCGCGGACGAAACGGGGUACUCGCCAUUCCCGGGGAAUUGCAACAAUUUGUGCAUGAAUAUCCGCGAGUAUUUGAAGGUAAUCAAUCUGAGUCAUGGAAUCGUCCCCGAGUUCGUCAAUCCGAAAUAUAAGCCUGGCUCCAAAACGGAAUAUCUCCAGCCGACACGAUUGGAAUCAUUGAUGCAGGAUUACCCGAAACUGCUUCUGCAAGCGUCCAAGGUCAUGGAGGUGAACCGAACGUGCUUGGUAGUGACGUUCCCUCGGUUUAUGGCGUGGUCUCCUGUGAAAAACGAUUAUCAGCGCGCGGCAAUUUUGAAGGCGAAGACUGGCUUCGAGGAGAGUCCGCGAAGCGGCGAAGCGGAUAUUUUGGCGUUGUUCCGCAAGCAGUUGCUGACACUCAACGAAUGUGUGGAAUGCAAUCCGCAGAAGGAGCAGCUCAUCAUCAUCGAGGAUGGCGCGUAUGUGUGUCUGUGGCCGGAAGCGGGAGUGUGUACGGAGGAGCUGCAUCGCCAUAUCGGUAAAAACGUGGUAAUAAAGAAGGGAUCGGUGCUGGUGAUCAAAACGCCCAAUUGGUUCCUGGACGAUUUUGUGCUGGAUGGCUGCUGUGUGAUCGAGGACGAUUGCUCGGUGAAUGGGAAGAAGACCGAGGCGGCCAUUGAGUUGAAGGGGGUUCGGGUGCAGAACAAGGGAUGGCAUUACUUUGACAUUGACAAGGAUGACAUGUCCAUCGGAAUUGUGGUGAGAAUGAGAGGGUACGACGUGAAAAGAGAGGAGCAGUGCGUUAUUCGAGUCAAUGCGCCCGGAAAGCAUCGUUUGGAAAACAUGGUUAUCCGGUCGUCCGCCGAUAUCGCGUUUGAGAACUAAAGCGAUUUUCACUGUAAUUGAGUGUUCUC